GGAAGUUGAUAUAUGACGUCAGUUGGCAACCUUUCGAGCGGGACACUGCAAAGAAAACAGUAUUGCUAACCUUCCAAACUACAAGUUGUCCCUGUCAUGGCCCGUCAUGUUGAACCGGAUUUACCGCCAAGUCUUGCUUGUCUGAAAAAUGUUGAUACCCUGCUGCGUUGUCCGAUUUGCUUUGACUUCCUCAGCAUUUCAAUGAUGACUAAAUGCUCACACAACUUUUGCUCUUUGUGCAUCAGAAAAUUUCUCUCCUAUAAGCUGCAAUGUCCAGUUUGCAAUAUGCAAAUGACAGAACAAGACCUGAGAAAUAACCGCUUAUUGGAUGACUUGGUCGCAAACUUUCAAGCUGCAAGGCAGGAGUUGUCAAAAGCACAUUUUGAAUCACCUCCGAUAUCUCCAAAGACCCCCGCUUCAGCUGUCAAAUGCAAAACUCCCAGAGAGAGGGGCCAGAAGCCAAGCAGCUCUAUUAUGAGUCAGUUUUUCCAAAAGAAAUCAAGAACAACGCCCAAUAAAGAAACUCAUGAAGACGCACAACCCUGCAAUGCAAGUGACCCUUACCUAUCCUCCGGUAAAGCUCAACACCUGGUGAUCGUGAAAGAAGAACCAAUAGAUGUGGAGGAUACAUCUACUCUCAGUUUGAAGCCAGUUAAAGAAGAGCACACAGCUUCACAAAGUUUCAGUGGUUCAUUUCAAGCAGCACAUUCCUUAUCACCAUCAAAAGACAUGAAGCCUGUAAUCAAAGUGGAGUGCCCUGUGUGUUCUGUAAGUGUGGCACAGCACUUUAUCAACAAGCAUCUGGACACUUGUCUCUCCAGUGGAGAGAAGAAGGAGAGCCUGAGAAGCUCUUUCAGUAAGAAGAGACAUCCAAUGGCAAAGUUGGUGUAUAACUUACUUUCUGUGCAAGAGCUGAAGAGGAGGUUGAAGGAGUGCCACUUAUCAGUUCAGGGUUCUCGGGACCAGCUGAUUAGAAGACACCAAGAUUUUGUCCACAUAUACAAUGCACAGUGCGACUCUCUAAAUCCAAAAUCAGUUGAGGAGAUUGCUAAAGAGGUGGAAGCCAAUGAGAAGAUCAGAAAUCAACUCCAAGGAAAAACUAAACCUGUCAUGGUUUUCUCAAAGAAUCAGUCUGAAAAGGAAAUUGAGGAGAUGCAUUCAAAUUACAGGAAGCAGCACAGCAGCGACUUCAGCCGGCUAAUCGCACAGGUCCGAGGUCGCCUACAGGCCACCAAGCAAGCUCCUGUUAAGCAGGAAGUCAAAGAGCAGAAAGAGGAUGCUAGGGAAUCAUGCUCUUCAGAUCAAUUUUCAGAAGCCAAUUUUCAGAGCCCUUUAGCAAUCAGGGUAGAAGGCGUAGAAGCAGAUGCCGGUCAAGUUGCAGGAGGGAUCGAGUUGUCAUCCAGUCCCACAUUUAGCGAUGUGUCCAUUAGCAGUUCAAUUUCUGACAUCUUUGGUCCAGAGUCUUCUUCAAACGUAGAUGACUCGGAGAGGACCGCUGGCCAAAAGCGACCAUCCGGCUCCAGAGACGGCGAUGCAGCUCUCUCGCCCGUUAUGGGAAAGCGGCGCCGGAAAACAUGAGCAAAAAGAGGGACGCCAGACUGAGAGAGAACAUCUCUUACACUCAGUAUUAAUAAAGUUUAAAUUGAUUUUGAGGCAUACGCACACACAUGUCUAACAUUUCUUUGUGACUUUCAGUGUUUGUAUUUCAGGAAUAAAAUUGUAUUCCUUUUUUUUAUAUAUAUAUAUAUUUUUUAAACCUAUUUCAUUUGUAAUAAGCAAGCUGUAGUAUUAAAUCUCUGCUUUCUCAAAUUCAGUGUAAAAGCACUUUUACUUGGUGUACAUCAGCAGAUUUUUCUACCCGUCUGUUUUUGUUUUUGCCUUCAUUCAGUAUAGAAUUCAA